GGGAUAUUUGAUCAACAACUUCUAACACUGAAAUAAAGUCGUUGCUGUGUAGGUAGAGAUACACACGUUAUAUUAUCAUCGGCCGUCGAAACGGAAGAUCCUUGCGUUCUUUAAAGUUCCCGCGUUGACGAUCACUCUGUAGUUUAAUACCGGGAAAAAAGGGAGAAAUGAUAUCUUUUUCUACGACAAGAUUCCAGACAAAUAUGUGGAGAAGAUUGCGUGUACGCCGAGACAUCAUCACUUGUCUUUAAAAGCCUGAAAUACAUUACCUACCUACCUACCUAGAUAACCUACUAAUAGAUAUGACCCUUCUUCCUAAGACUAAAUUCAUUUAUCUCUGGCUGCUAACCUCGACUGAUUAAUCAGAUCCCUCCUUAAUAUUUGAUGGCCGGUAGGCUCACUCAGAAGGUCCUAGGACACCUGGGCCCCCUACUAAGCGGCGACCCCAAUAACAACACAGCAUCUUCACCCAUCCACUGGAAAGUCAACAAUAAUGAGACUAUCCUACACCCCGCAGGCGGGACAUACCCUCGCCUGUGCCGGCUCUCGGACGGUGAUCUACUAUGUCUAACAACGGGAUUCCAAGGCCCCGGCCGUCGCGAGCACGUCCUCCAGGUCUCGCGCAGUGUGGAUGGCGGACGCACCUUUAGCCCGCAUGGAGAAGUCACCCGCGGCACAGGUGAUAUUGAUAACGGCUUCUUAAUCGAAGUGCCAUCUUCGGCCCCCGGGAAUAAUGGCCCGGUUGUUCUCGCCGCAUUCCGGAACCAUGACCGCAAGCCCGGCAGCCGACCCUCGCAUUUCCGCAUCACGGUAUGCCGCAGCGAAGACGGCGGGCGUUCGUGGAGAUUCGCCUCUCAGGCCGCGGAGCAGAGCGCAGCCAGCAGUCAUGGUUUAGGAUUAUGGGAGCCGUUUAUGCGACUUGGCGGCAGGGACGGACAGGAAAUACAACUUACGUUUUCGCGCGAGCUGGCGCACAACGACCAGGAGACCUUCCGCGUAGAUUCUAGAGACGGAGGGGCGACCUGGAGCGGCCCGCCUCGGUGUCUGCGCUGCCAUCCGUCGCAUGAGAAUCUGCGCGACGGCAUGCAUGGGAUUGCAAGCGUGCGCGAUACGGCGGGCGUGGCAGCAAAUGGACAGCAGCAGGACGUCAAUGCGCUGGUCGUAGUAUUCGAGACCACGAGACAUGGCACAUUCAGCGUUGAAUACGCUGUCUCAUACGAUGAAGGACUCACGUGGGGAUCGAGAGGCGUGGUAUAUCGCCCUAAACACGGUCGCAAUGCGGGCGCGCCGCAGAUCGAGCGCUAUGGAGAUCAAGGAAUGGCUGUCGUGUUCAUGACGGACGAGGAGGCGGAUAUACCAGCGUGGCCUGGAAAAGCUGCCAUCAAAACAGUGUUCGCCGAGGGUUUAGAAGGAGGCAUGAUACGUUGGAGCCAGCCCGUGCUUAUCCACAAGGCGCCUUCUUUCUGGCCAUCGAUCACUAGUCUUGGCCAAGAUGAGCUUCUAGCUGUCUACGAGCAUGGAGGAAGACCUCUCGGGAAACGCAUACAAAGGGGCUAAUGGAGCGGUUAGGGCGUGUGACGGUAAAGACAAAUUGUUUGACCAAGAUAUUUUUUAGAUGAAGAACCUCUAAUAACUAAUCGACUGGCCAAUACUGAACAAUGCUAAGGAUAUCAUACUAGACGGAAGAGCAGUAGUUGAGUUGGUUACUAUUCCCUUGCUAAUCAAGGCCCAAGAAGCUCUUCCUCUCUAUAGCCCAUUAUCACUACCCUCGUAUCGUGAUGCGGAUGAGUUUACCUUCGGGUUUGGAUGUGUAGUGAAGGAGUUGAAAAUAGUAUUGCUAUGGAUAAGGAUUUGGCGGGUUGGUAUAUCUGAAUACUGAGUA